AGGGUGACAAUCACAAAGACUGGUAACGGCUUUAUUUUCUAUUCAGCCAAAUAGCACGCACAGGUGACCCACGCUUCCUGUUUAAAGGUUUGAAAAUGCCCGAAAACUGACGAAAAGAAAUGAAGAGUGAGUCCGUGGAAAUCUCACAGAGAAUCGACCGGGAGCUCGGCUGGCCUCGGGUGUUGCCGGAAAUGGCCGACAGCAGCCUUUAGCAGAGCGGCGGGACGGGGGCGUGGCCGGCUCUUCAAGGCUCUGAGCUCCUUCGGGUGUUUCCGGAAACUACCGAAAGUCAGCUCAAAGUGGGCGGAGAAAAACCGAUGGGCGUGGCCAAAUGGCUCUUGCGUUCCGGGAGUUACUUCGUGAGUUUCCGUAAAUAGAGCCGAAACUCGUUCUUCGGAAUACAGGAGGCGCGCAAGUCCCUGGGGUUAACAUUCUUCGGCUGUUUCCGGAAUUCAGCCCUGCCGGUAGCCGAAAGGAGACGGCGUUUCCCCCCAUCCCGUUCCUAGACGCUUCGGAUGUUUCCGUCUCCUGGCGGCGGAAAGAGCCGAGGACCGGCGGUGGUGGCGGCCAUGUUGGGAGCAGCAGGUCCGGCGGCGGCUGUCUGUGUGCCGGGCGCGGAGCAGUGCCGCUGAGGGCAGGGGAGGAGCGAGGCAGGCGGCCGGCUGCGGCUGCAGAGAGUAGGCGGAGCAGCUCGGCCCGGCCGAAAGGCUGCACACCCCAGCCGGGGGUCGCGGGGGGGUGCGGUCCAGAGCCGCUCGGAGCCGGCGCGGCCUAGCCCGAGCGGCGCAUCCCCGGGCUGGCGUGAGCGGCUGCCCGGCCUCCCCGCACCCCCGGCCGGGGCCCAUGCGGCGGGUGCGCCUGCUGUGAGAAGCCCCGCCCGGCCGGGCCCCGCGCCGUCCCUUCCCUCCUUUCCUCGAGCUUCUGGGUCCCCUCCCCCGAGAUACCGGCGCCAUGUCCAGCGCCCGGACCCCCCUGCCCACGCUGAACGAGAGGGACACGGAGCAGCCCACCCUGGGACACGGUGAUUCCAAGCCCUGCAGUAAGUCCAACAUGCUGCGGGGCCGCAACUCAGCCACCUCUGCUGAUGAGCAGCCACAUAUUGGCAACUACCGGCUCCUCAAGACCAUUGGCAAGGGUAACUUUGCCAAGGUGAAGUUGGCCAGGCACAUCCUGACUGGGAAAGAGGUAGCUGUGAAGAUCAUUGACAAGACUCAACUGAACUCUUCCAGCCUUCAGAAAUUAUUCCGUGAAGUAAGAAUCAUGAAAGUUCUGAACCAUCCCAACAUAGUUAAGUUAUUUGAGGUGAUCGAGACUGAGAAGACUCUCUACCUUGUCAUGGAAUAUGCCAGUGGUGGAGAGGUAUUUGAUUACUUAGUGGCUCAUGGCAGGAUGAAAGAAAAAGAGGCUCGAGCCAAAUUCCGACAGAUAGUGUCUGCUGUCCAGUACUGUCACCAGAAAUUUAUUGUUCAUAGAGACUUAAAGGCAGAAAACCUACUCUUGGAUGCUGAUAUGAACAUCAAGAUUGCUGACUUCGGGUUUAGCAAUGAAUUCACCUUUGGGAACAAGCUGGAUACCUUCUGUGGCAGUCCCCCUUAUGCUGCCCCAGAACUCUUCCAAGGCAAAAAAUACGAUGGACCUGAGGUGGACGUAUGGAGCUUAGGAGUCAUCCUCUAUACCCUGGUCAGCGGAUCCCUGCCUUUUGAUGGACAGAACCUCAAGGAGCUACGGGAGCGAGUACUGAGGGGAAAAUACCGUAUUCCGUUCUACAUGUCUACGGACUGUGAAAACCUGCUUAAGAAAUUUCUCAUUCUUAAUCCUAGCAAGAGAGGCACUUUAGAGCAAAUUAUGAAAGACCGAUGGAUGAAUGUGGGGCACGAAGAUGAUGAACUGAAGCCUUAUGUGGAGCCACUUCCAGACUACAAGGACCCCCGGCGGACAGAGUUGAUGGUGUCCAUGGGCUACACACGGGAAGAGAUCCAGGACUCACUGGUGGGCCAGAGGUACAACGAGGUGAUGGCCACCUAUCUGCUUCUGGGCUACAAAAGCUCUGAGCUGGAAGGUGAUGCCAUCGCCUUGAAGCCCCGGCCUUCAGCUGACCUGACUAAUAGCAGCGCCCCAUCCCCAUCCCACAAAGUACAGCGCAGUGUCUCAGCCAACCCCAAGCAGCGACGCUUCAGCGACCAGGCUGGCCCAGCCAUUCCCACCUCUAAUUCCUACUCAAAGAAGACUCAGAGUAACAACACAGAAAAUAAGCGGCCUGAGGAGGACCGAGAGGUAGGGCGGAAGGCCAGCAGCACUGCCAAAGUGCCUGCCAGCCCCCUGCCUGGCCUGGAGAGGAAGAAGACCACUCCUACCCCCUCCACGAAUAGUGUCCUCUCCACCAGCACAAACCGAAGCAGGAACUCCCCGCUUUUGGAAAGGGCCACCCUCGGCCAGCCCUCCAUCCAGAACGGCAAAGACAGCCUAACCAUGCCAGGGUCCCGGGCCUCCACGGCUUCUGCUUCUGCCGCAGUCUCUGCGGCCCGGCCCCGCCAGCACCAGAAAUCCAUGUCGGCCUCCGUGCACCCCAACAAGUCCUCUGGGCUGCCCCCCACGGAGAGUAACUGUGAGGUGCCGCGGCCCAGCACAGCCCCCCAGCGUGUCCCUGUCGCCUCCCCCUCUGCCCACAACAUCAGCAGCAGUGGUGGAGCCCCAGACCGAACUAAUUUCCCCCGGGGUGUGUCCAGUCGAAGCACCUUCCACGCUGGGCAGCUCCGACAGGUGCGGGACCAGCAAAAUUUGCCCUACGGUGUGACCCCAGCCUCUCCCUCUGGCCACAGCCAGGGCCGGCGGGGUGCCUCUGGAAGCAUCUUUAGCAAGUUCACCUCCAAGUUUGUCCGCAGAAAUCUGUCUUUCAGGUUUGCCAGAAGGAACCUGAAUGAACCCGAAAGCAAAGACCGAGUGGAGACGCUCAGACCUCACGUGGUGGGCAGUGGAGGCAAUGACAAAGAAAAAGAAGAAUUUCGGGAGGCCAAGCCACGCUCUUUGCGCUUUACAUGGAGUAUGAAGACCACAAGCUCCAUGGAGCCCAAUGAGAUGAUGCGGGAGAUCCGCAAGGUGCUGGAUGCGAACAGCUGUCAGAGCGAGCUGCACGAGAAGUACAUGCUGCUGUGCAUGCAUGGCACACCGGGCCAUGAAAACUUCGUGCAGUGGGAGAUGGAGGUGUGCAAACUGCCACGGCUUUCGCUCAACGGUGUUCGAUUUAAGCGGAUAUCAGGCACCUCCAUGGCCUUUAAGAACAUAGCCUCUAAAAUAGCAAAUGAACUGAAGCUUUAACAGGCUGCCGGCCCGGGGGCGCCAAGAGCAGGCCAGCUGGACUUGGCUGCUGAGGCUGGCCACUGCGCCCCCACCUAGGCGAGACUGCAGCAAUGAAUUGGUGUGUCUCCCCUGCUGGCACUUGUCCCCUCCCUAGCCCUUCUCCUUUAUUCUCCCAUGUUUGUGGAGGAUAGGAGAUGGCUCUCCCAACUCACGUUCACCUGGCCCAGAAAGUCCCCUUUCCCCUCUCUCUCCCACAGGAGGCAAAGGAAGGGGAGGGGGCAAGGGGGGGCAGGGCUCCCCCUCGGUACUGCGGUUGCACAGAGUAUUUCGCCUAAACCAAGAAAUUUUUUAUUACCAAAAACAAAAAAAAAAAAAAAAAAAAUCCCAGCGGCCACCUUUCCUCCCUGCCCCAUCGGGACAGACGAGACUGGAUCUGUGGGGUUUCCCGGGAGGGUGGCUCAGGGCUGGAACACUCUCAGGCAAGAGUGGUGGAGUUCCCUGGCAGGCCCUCCGCCAGGCCCACUUUGGGCUUCUCCCCUCUCCUCCCCUUCUUCCCCUCCAAGCAAACCACCAGAGGUGGCCUUCCCCUGCCCCCAGAUCCCUGGGCUGUGGGCCUGGGGGCCAGGGGCCAGGCGGGGGUGCUGUGCAGCCCUGGAGAGGGUGGGGCUGCGUGGGGGCCCUGGCCUCCCUCACACUGUAUCCUCUGCCCUCCCUUCCCCAGAGCUGGGCAUUUCCUUCCACAAGCUGCUGUGGGGACCUUUAUUCCCCUCCUCAAAAGUCUGUGCCAUCUUCUCCUAUCCCUCCUGCUGGGAGGGCUGAUCCAGGACUGGGAGCGGGGGAGGGGACUGCAGGGCAGAUGGGCUCCUCAGCCCACACGGGGCGCUCAGGCUGCUAGUCUCUGAACAGGACGCCGGGCUUCUCCGUUCUGGGAGAGCCUUUGUCUGAAAGCACAGUCCCCUCGCCGUCCCUCCUCCCCACCGCUUUCCCUUCAUUGGCAUUAAUCUGGGCACCAGCUCAUUCCAGAGCAGUGACUUCCCACACCACUCUCAUCUCUCGGCCUUGCCUUUUUUCCUGACACUGUCGCCCCUCCUCUCAGGAGACUGCCCAGGGCCUCCAAGGCCACCUGGCGGAAGGCUGGAUUGGGCGGCAGGGCCGGGAGCGUCUGCCCCCCCACAGGUGGGGGGCAGAUGGGUAAAGUGACUCCCCGCUUGCUAACCUCCGUGGCCAGUGUGGGAGUGGGUGGCUAUGGGCGCUUGGCUGGUGGUGGCCACUGCAUCCCUUAAUUUAUUUCUCUGCUGUUUCAGUUCUUGAGAAAUUGGGGGAGGGGGCCCUACAGAGGUUGCCCCAGCCCUCCCUUGAGUUGUACAUUUUUUGUGAUGGGUUUUAUUUUUUAUUUUAUUAUUUUAUUUUAUUUUAUUUUUUUUUUUGAUUUAUGAUGACUCCACCCCUGUUCAUCACCCCCAGUCCCAGGCCAGGCUCAGUGACAAGUCGAGCCCUUGGGUCCCAGGAAGGGGCCUCGCCAACCUCAGCCCUCCUGCUCCUGCUCCAACUGUGGCUCCGGCUCAGACCAAGGGCUCCCCCUCCCUCCCUCCUCCCCUUCCUGCCCUAAGGAACAGCCCGGGUGCUCGAGGGGACCAGGAGGGCAUGGCUUGGCUCCUGAAGGGGGUGGAGGCCAGGGGCACCCAGGCAAGGUGGCCCCUCCCCACCUAGCCCCUCCUUCCCUGCCCUGCACUUAAGUUUUUCCUCUGGAUCAAACACGUAAUAAAGAGAAUGUUUGGAAUCUGA